AUGAAUAUCUCCGACACCACGGUAUUAGACGUACCACUAGAUUAGCCUUAUAUUGCAUCCAGUCGCCAGCGAUUGUCUAAGUGACUUCAGUCUUUGCGUCUUCCACAAACCCAUACAUCUUGUAUUCUAGUAAACAUGACCUCAACAAAGCGCCGUAUCGAGACAGAUGUCAUGAAACUGUAAAGACCACCUGCCUCAAGGUGACUCGUACCCUCACUGAUGUAACGAUUCACAAUCCAGGCUCAUGUCGGAUUACGAGGUAACCCUCGUCAACGACAACAUGCGCGAGUUCUACGUCCGCUUCUAUGGUCCGGGAGAAACACCCUUCGCGGGUGGUAUAUGGAAGAUUCAUGUAGAGUUGCAAGCGGAGUAUCCAUACAAGUCGCCAAGCAUAGGAUUUAUGAACAAGAUCUUUCAUCCCAACAUAGAUGAGUUGAGUGGCUCCGUAUGUCUGGACGUUAUUAAUCAGACGUGGUCGCCAAUGUUCGAUAUGAUCAACAUUUUCGAGGUGUUCUUGCCACAACUGCUGCGGUACCCUAAUCCUAAUGAUCCACUAAACGGAGAAGCUGCUGCGCUCAUGAUGCGACACCCGAAGGAAUACGAGGCCAAGGUCAAGGAGUACGUACAACGUUUCGCAACAAAGGAUAUUAUGGAUGCCGCAGAAGACGGCAAUGAAGACGAAGCAGACGAGGAGAUGAGCGACAUCGGCAGCAUCAGUGAGGAUGAAGAGCAAGAAUCCUGAUACCUCUUCCGCCGGCAUGCCUUUCUCUCGCAUUUUUCAUCACUGGGUUUCUGCACAUCACUCAGUUUCCACACAUCACUCAUAUCAUUUUACAUAACAUAUCCAUUCUGUACUUCACCUAACCUUGCUCAAUUCUGUGUUGUUAUCUGCCAUCAUCAUUCAAUU